AGCUGCGCUGGGAUCCCUACCUACCUAUUCGCUUCUCCAUCUUUACGGUACAGUUCCUGCGCGGUCCGCGGCUGGUAAGGUCCCGGCUACUUGAGUCCAGACCUGUACAUUCUCUGUGAGUGUGAUCGUGUGUGUGUGGGGGGGGUGCGUAAGAGCGAGCGGAAGGGGGAGAGAGAGAGAGAGAGAGAGAGAGAGAGAGAGAGAGAGAGAGAGAGAGAGAUGGCGUCAUGGGUAUCAAUGGGGUCGUCUGGGGCGUCCGGUGGGUCUUUCACGCUAGCAUGUCAUCAGCACGGCAAGUCAAGGGUGCGUCUCGGCAGAGUGUGGAGAGAGGGAUCGCGGCACUAUUUCGUCGAAUGGAGAAUCGACGUAGUACUCUUGUCCGACGUGGAAGCGGCCUUUGUGCAUGGCGACAACUCCGGGGUCGUGGCCACAGAUUCGAUAAAGAAUACGGUGUAUGUGCUCGGCAAAGAGCUUAAGCAAAGAGUUUCUGUGGAAGAUUUCGGCAUUAAGCUGGCAGAGCAUUUUGUCAAAACCUAUCCUCAGGUCGACAAGGCCAUCAUCCGAUUGCAGGAGUGUCCAUGGAAGCGUGUUUCUAUCGAUGGGCAGCCACAUCAUCACGGUUUCACUCUCGGAGCAGAGAGACACACAGCUGAGGUAUUGGCCACCAGUGCAGGUACAUUGAGUGUGCGCUCAGGGGUUGCAGAUCUUUCUGUUUUGAAGACCACCCAGUCUGGCUUUGAGGGGUUUGUUAGGGACAAAUACACAAGUCUUCCAGAAACAAAAGACAGAAUCCUUGCUACCAGCAUAGCUGCAUCAUGGAGGUAAGUUUGGGAUACCCCAGCAAAGGGUUCCUUCUUCUUUUUUUUUUCUUUUCGUUUUUUGAUGUUCGGGGGAAGGCGAAGCAGGUUUUGCU